CAUAAUGCACCAGUGUGUUUAUCAUGAACAGAGACUAUGGCAGUAAAUGGAAUGAGGGAAUAGUUCGUCUCAGGGAGAUUUUCCAGGACAGUUCCUCUGGCUGCUCAUUAUUGAUAAAUUAAUAACUUUACAAUUUAUAUUCUGAAUUUAUAUAUUUCUGUAAAAUUUUGUUGUGACAAUGUUGAUUGUUAAAAGCACUAUACAAUAAAAAAAUUACUGAAUUGAAUAGGUAAGUGUGUGUGUGUGUUUGUGUGUGUGUGUCCAUGUCCCAUUUGUGGCAGAUUACCAAUGGCAUGAGUGUGAUCAUGUUUUAAAGGAGCUAAAUUAAACUGAAUGUGUGUGUGUGUGUGAGAGAGAGAGUGUGUUACAGUUAUGUAUAUGGUGAUGUCUGCUGUAUGGCAGGUGUGUGUGUGUGUGUGUGUGUGUGUGUGUAUGUGUUGACCUUUUGCAUGCUGUUUAUUUUGGGAUGCCUCUGCUGGAUAGUGGAAUGUUUGGGAGGGGAUUCUAUUCCUGCUGCCAGAUUCCAGCUAACACACACACGCACACACGCACACGCAAACACACACACACACACUCACCCCUUCGUCCUUUAACUGUCACACACUUCCUUCAGGUGUGUGAAGCUGUAGCCGUGGCAGAGAUGCAGGAUGAAACCAACAAACUCAGCUUCUGGAUGCCGGGUAACUAUAUCCGUACAGUGCACAGGACUCAAGAUUCAUUCCAAGCUUGUGAUGCCAUUGUGGACUGUUUUAAAGACCGGGCUCGAGUGGAGAAACACUAUGCUGAACAACUCAGUGAGUGGAGCAACAAGUGGAAAAAAAUAACUGACUCCAGACCUAUGUAUGGUUCCCUCUUGAGGGCAUGGCAGUGUUUUUUCUCCUCCGCUGAGCGUCUGUCCAUUCUGCACACAUCCAUCUCUCACUCCCUUGUUUUGGAGGAUGGACAGCACAUUCGUUCCUGGCAGAAGGAUGCAUUUCAGAGGAAGAUGUUUUGUGGUUUUCGUGAGUCACAUAACCUGAAACGAGAGUUUGCACGUGCUCAGAAGCCCUGGAUCAAAAAACACAAGAAGCUGGAGAAAGCACGGCGGGCCUAUCAUAAAUUGUGUCAGAAGGAGCAGAAUGUGUUGAAUAAAGAAUGUCAGGCCAGAAACAAUGUCAACAAAAAUGAACACACACUCGCCAAGAUCCAGCAGGCCAAGAAGAUUGUGGGACAGGACAGAGAACAUGCACGUGAACACUAUGUGAAGGUUCUGGACGAUCUGAUUGGCUACACGCCGCGCUACAUGGAGGACAUGGAGUCAGUGUUUGACCAAUCACAAGAGCAGGAAAGAAAGAGGAUCAGCUUUCUGAAAAACACUCUGCUGUCCAUACACACACAUCUGGACAUCACCAACAACCACAGUGUGAAGGCUGUGUACAGUGACCUGCUACAUGCUCUCAUGUCAAUCAACGAGCAGGACGAUUUACAAUGGUGGAGAAACAACCAUGGCCCAGGAAUGAACACACAGUGGCCCACACUGCAGGAGUGGGUUCCUCCAUGUAAGAAGCAGAAACAUAUAAAGAAACCAAAGCCACAGGUUGAGGAGGGAAAAAGUGUAAUGAUUGGAGGAGUGCGUGUUCGAGCUCUGUACACUUACACUGGGGAGGCUGAGGAUGAGCUGUCAUUCAAAGCAGGCGAAGAGUUUCUGAAGGUGGAGGACGAAGAUGACCAGGGCUGGUCUCGUGGAGUUAAAGAAGGGGGAGUGGAAGGCUACUAUCCAGCCAAUUAUGUUCUGCCAGUGCAGUGACAUCAUCACUAUGCACUGUUACUGACAUCACAAAGGCGGCAGGGCUUAUGCUGUGGUGUGUGUGAAGGUUGUUAGGGAAACUGUCAAUCAAAAUUGAUCAGUGAGCGCUUCAAUGAGUCUCGGAAGUUUAUUAGCAUCUGUAAACACACACACACACACACACACACACACACAUACACAGGAGCUAGCAGUGGGUGAUAAUGAACAACAAACUAAAUUAUUAGUGUGAUUUUGUGGUGUUUUAGUGUUAUAAUUUAAACAAAUUAUAUUAAUCUAAAUACACUGAAUCUUGAUUAAUAUUCAUUAGUCAGAAUUAUCAUGAUAUUCAAAAGGGCUCUAAUUAAUUCUACUAUAAAAACCACACACACACACACACACACACACACACA